AUGUACUUGUACAACAGUGCCCAUGGAUAUACAAGUACCACAGCCCAUUCCUCGUCUCCCUUCAAGUUUUGGUGGUCUGUUGCUGGGGUCAGAAUCACCAAGGUGGACUGGCAGCAUUCAGAAAAUGGUGCAGCCCACCACACCCAAGAUUACCCUUGCCCUGAGCUGGUGGUUCGAAGGGGCCAGUUAUUUAAUCUCACCCUGGAGCUGAGUGGAGUCCUGGACAGCGAGGAGGCCCUCAUCUUCACUGUGGAGACAGGGCCCCACGCAUCUGAGGCUCUUCACACCAAAGCCAUAUUCCAGACAGCAGAGCUAGAAAUAGGUGACAUCUGGACAGCUGCAAAGGGGGAACAGACAGAAAACACCAUCACCGUCAGCCUUGCGAGCCCUUCCAAUGCAGUCAUUGGCCGAUACCUGCUGAGUGCCAGGGCCUCUUCCCGCCGGAAACACAGUGACCACAGGCUGGGCCACUUUAUUCUCCUGUUCAAUCCCUGGUGCCCAGAGGACGAUGUGUUUCUGGACUCAGAGGAAGAGAGGCAAGAGUACGUGCUUAACGACAGUGGCAUCAUCUUCCGAGGAGUGGAGAAGCACAUCCGAGCCCAGGGCUGGAACUACGGGCAGUUUGAAGAGGACAUCCUGAACAUCUGCCUCUCCAUCCUGGACCGAAGUCCUAGUCACCAGGAUGACCCAGCCAUGGAUGUGUCCCACCGCCAUGACCCAGUCUAUGUUACCAGAAUCAUCAGUGCUAUGGUGAACAGCAACAAUGACCGGGGUGUGGUACAAGGCCAGUGGCAGGGCAAAUAUGGCGGUGGCACCAGCCCACUGAACUGGCGUGGCAGUGUGGCCAUCCUGCAGAAGUGGUUCAAGGGCAGAUACAAACCAGUCAAGUACGGCCAGUGCUGGGUCUUUGCUGGAGUCAUGUGCACAGUCCUCAGGUGCCUGGGGAUCGCAACCAGGGUGGUGUCCAACUUCAACUCAGCCCAUGACACUGAUGGCAACCUGAGUGUGGACAAAUAUGUGGACUCUUUUGGACGGACCCUGGAGGACCUGACAGAAGACAGCAUGUGGAAUUUCCACGUCUGGAAUGAAAGCUGGUUUGCGCGACAGGACCUGGGCCCCUCCUAUGAUGGCUGGCAGGUUUUGGACGCCACACCCCAAGAAGAGAGUGAAGGCAUGUUCCAGUGCGGCCCUGCCUCAGUCACCGCCAUCCGUGAGGGUGAUGUGCACCUAGCCCACGAUGGCCCCUUCGUCUUUGCCGAGGUCAACGCAGACUACAUCACCUGGCUGUGGCACGAGGACAAGAGGCGGGAGCGCGUGUACUCAGACACGAAGAAGAUCGGCAGGUGCAUCAGUACCAAGGCAGUGGGCAGUGACUCUCGUGUGGACAUCACAGGCCUCUACAAGUAUCCAGAAGGGUCCCGGAAGGAGAGGCAAGUGUACAGCAAAGCUGUGAAGAAACUGCUCAGCAUCGAAGCCUGGGGGAGGAGGAGGCGGAUCCGCAGGGCCGGUGUGCGCGGUGUCUGGCGCGAUGACCUCCUGGAACCGGCCACCAAACCCAGCAUCACUGGCAAGUUCAAAGUGUUGGAGCCACCGGUGCUCGGCCAGGACCUGAAGCUAGCUCUGUGCUUGACCAGCCUCACCUCCAGGGCCCAGCGGGUCCGAGUCAAUCUAAGUGGUGCUACCAUCCUCUACACCCGCAAGCCCGUGGCAGAGAUCCUGCGUGAAUCCCACACAGUGAAGCUGGGACCACAAGAAGAGAAGAAGAUCCCAGUCACAAUAUCUUACUCUCAGUACAAAGAAGAUCUGACGGAGGACAAGAAGAUCCUGUUGGCUGCCAUGUGCCUUGUCAGUAAAGGAGAGAAGCUCCUGGUGGAGAAGGACAUUACUCUGGAGGACUUCAUCACCAUCAAGGUGCUGGGCCCAGCAGUGGUAGGAGUGGCAGUUGCUGUGGAAGUGUUGGUGAUCAACCCCCUCUCGGAGAGCGUGAAGGACUGUAAGCUGAUGGUAGAAGGCAGUGGCCUUCUCCAAGGACAGCUCAGUAUUGAGGUGCCCACCUUGCAGCCUCAGGAGAGGGCCUUGAUCCAGUUCAACAUCACCCCCUCCAAGAGUGGCCCAAGGCAGCUGCAGGUGGACCUCGUCAGCUCACAGUUCCCGGACAUCAAGGGUUUUGUGAUCAUCCAUGUGGCUACAGCCAAGUGAGGGGCCUCAAGUGACUUGGGGAGGAUUCUGUCCAUCUGCUUGUUUCUCCCACACAAGAGCCAGGAGUCCGGGUUAGCCCUGCUUCUGUCUUUGCCCCCCUUCAUGAGUUUAGGCAAGGUCCUUCCCAGGGCACUGAUGCGCUGCACUCGGUAAUCCUUCCCUUCAGGACAAGGGGUGAUGUCAGAGCUGAGGGAUCCUCCAGCUCUCGCCACCUUUCUGCUGGAAGAAUGGCGUGGCCCAGCCUCCCGAGAGCCCCAGCCUAGUUAGAUCUGCCAGCUCAGCCCAGGCAGCUCACUGCUCCUUGCUUUUCUCUCGACUCUUCAAAUGUCCUGGCCGCACUUGGGCCCAAGAAUUCUACAGGCCAAAGCACCACCAUUACAGAGGAGCCUUCCUGAAGCUAGAAAGCAAAGCAGAAGCAGGACUGAGAUCCAUGCCAGUCCCCCGACUGUUACCCCAAACUCACGUUCUUAAAAAAGCACUGGAUUUUAAGCAACAGGUUUGCCACUCAGUGGAGACACUGAUUCUGGAUUUGAGGGGCUAAAGCUGCCUGGAGGCAGCUGAAGAAGACAAAGGAGUCCUCCCCUAGACUCGGCAGCAUGGAUAUGCUCCGGCUCUGGCCAUCCUGGAGUCCACAGAACCACCCUGGGUCAGUCAGCUACUCUUUCUUGGAACCAGAAUGGCUGGCACUGUGCAAAUCCUACACUUGAGUCAAAGCAGGACACUGAUGCCUGGGAUAAGGACAGAGUAGUCACCACUGGGCCAUGAAGAAUAUGACACAGGACAUGGAAUUUAGCACUGAAAUUUAUGGACAGCCCAAGGAAUUAACACUAAGCUACAGUUUAAGAACUUUCAACAACACAACAGGUGCAUUUGCAGUGUGGUGCCUCUUGGAUACAAAUGAAGAUGAGGGAGCUGGAGACAUGGCUCAGCAGUUAAGAGCACUUUCUGCUCUCCUAGAGGGCCUGAGUUUGGUUCCCAGCCCCAUGUCAGACAGCUCACAACAACACUUCUGGCCUCUGUGGGUACCUGUACUUAGGUGCCUACACACCCUCCUCCCAAACACAUGCAAUUGAAAUAAA